GGUCACAUGAUUAAAACAACCUUCAAUAUGGCGACACGCGCUUGAAAACAGAUGCGGAAGCCCUGUAAAUCAUGUAGAUAGAUUGAUUGAUUGAUUAAUUUGGUUAAUUUAAUUAAAACAAACAACAUUCCGGAAGUUAUGAUUAACGUGUUUAUUCGACAACAUUUGCCGUUGCUGGCAUGCUUUGUGGCACUAGUGGUGGGUGGGAAGAUGAAAAUAGUGGAGGAACCAAAUACCUUUGGGUUGAAUAAUCACCUCCUGUCACAGGGCAGCCAGCUGCAGGCCCGAGUCUCUCCGUCUCCCAUCUCCGGUCCUCCUCAUCUCUUCCGACUGGCAGGGAAAUGCUUCAGCUACACAGAGUCCAUGUACAAGUAUGACUUCUGUCCAUUCCAUAACGUGACACAGCACGAGCAGAGCUUCAGGUGGAACGCCUACAGUGGAAUACUGGGGAUCUGGCAGGAGUGGGAGAUUGAGAAUAAUACCUUCACAGCCAUGUGGAUGAGGGAAGGAGACUCCUGUGGGAGCAUGAACAGACAGACCAAGGUCAUUUUCACGUGCGGGAACAGCAGCAGACUUGCCCGAGUGUCCGAGCCAGAGACGUGUGUGUACUUUCUGACUUUUGAGACACCACUCGUGUGUCACACUCACUCCCUGCUGGUGUAUCCAGUGCUGAGCGAGAAAUUGCAGAAAGAAUGGGAUGAGAUUGAACAGGCUCGAUAUGAAGAACUCAUCACUGAACAGGGCUACAGCAAAAUGCUGAGGGACGUUUUUGAAGAGGCCGGCUUUCUGAAACGAGUUAAACAGCCGGCUCAACAGGAGCAACACACAUCCAGUCCUAAACAUCAGAACCUGCUAGAGUGCACACAGGAAUUUGAAAAGCAACGUGCUGAAAUCGAGCGACUGCGUUCUCUGCUCACCCAACACAACAUCUCAUACCAAGUGGGCACUGAAAGACCGACCGUCCCUGCGAUCGCGCCACAGAACCAGCGCCUCAGGGGUGAUGCAGGGAUCCUGGAUAAUCUUUAAAACCUAAAGAUUCAAGUUUCCCCUAAAGAAUGUGAUAAUGUGAUUUUUAAUCGACUGGACAAUGCCGAUGUAGAUGUUUGUAUAAGUGUUGAGAAAUAAAAACCGCGCACACACACUCCGAACACAAGACUGCAAAA